AUGAUACCUGCUGUCACGACUUCAGCCGAAGUCAGGUCCUGUCCUUGUUCGGGCGCACGCUCGGCGGUCGGCGUCGACCACCGGCCCGAGGGUAGAACGGCGGGUGAAUGUCUUUUCCACCUGAGGCAGGGGAUGAGGAGCGCCCAGGAGUUCGCCCUGGAAUUUCGUACCCUGGCCACAGGAGCGGGAUGGAACGACAGGGCCCUUAUCGACCACUACCGUUGCAGCCUGCGCGAGGAUGUCCGUCGGGAGAUGGCCUGCAGGGAUACCACCCUCUCCUUCGACCAGCUGGUGGACCUUCCAGGACCUCCAACAAAGUAUCUGCUAAUGACAGAGAAAGAGAUUCUGCAUGACAGUGAAAAUAUCAGGCGAUGGACUUUUGGUAAAAUGGACCCGAGCAAAAUGAACCGAACGAUAUUGAUGAUGGGAGAAACUGGAUCAGGAAAAUCAACCCUCAUCAAUGUGAUGGUGAACUACAUCCUUGGCGUAGAGUGGGAGGAUAAAUACAGAUUUGAAAUCAUUGCUGAUGAGAGUAAAAGUCAAACUAGUUCACAAACCACUGCCAUCACUGUGUAUGAGAUCUUUGGUCACGAAGGUGAUCACAUUCCAUUUUCUCUAACCAUCAUCGACACUCCAGGAUUUGGUGACACAAGCGGAAUAGAACAAGACAAACUCAUCACAAAGCAUCUACAGGAGCUGUUUCAAUCUCCAAAAGGAGUUCACCACAUUGAUGCAGUGUGCUUUGUUGUAAAAGCUGCACAAGUGCGCCUCACACCUACACAGAGGUACAUUUUUGAUUCUGUCCUCUCAAUUUUUGGAAAGGACAUAGAAAAUAACAUUGUGGUACUCAGUACUUUUGCAGAUAGUGGGGAGCCUUUAGUCCUUCAAGCACUGGUAAUGGCAGAAGUUCCAUGUGUCAGAAAUGAAAUUGGUACACCUGUUUACUUCAAAUUCAACAAUGUGUUUGCUGGUUUACAAAUGGAUGAAGAUGAUGAAGAACAUAACGAUGAAGAGGAUGAAGAGGAGGAGGAAAAUGAUGAGCUGGAUGAGAUCGCUCUGAGACCAAAUCCAAUGAGUGCAGCCAUAUACCUUGACCUCCUGAUUGAAAACGCAGAAAGGGAUCACAACCCCGAGAGAGUCAAGACACUGACAGAUAUGAAAGAGCAAGAAAAGCUGAAGAGUAACUUCGCCAAUCUUGUAGAUGAAUAA